AUGCCCACGCCGCUAGACAACGCCAUGAGAUCCAGGAACGCAGUUCUUGCGUUUGGUGGAUUGGUGACGGCCGUAGCUGUCUGGUCCAUCUACGGCGGGGACAUGUUCCCCGCUGCCCCGGACCCGAAAGGCAACCCAGAAGAUUGGACCAGAGAGGAGAUGAGGAGAUGGCUGGCCGCGAGAAAUCUCUUCCCAAAUGACAACGACACACGGGAGGAGCUCCUGGCAAGAGUGUUGGCCAAUAUGAGGGCACCAAGGCGUUGA